AUGAUCUUUAAUCCCUGGUCUUACUUUCAUCUGGAGGGAAAUGCCAUAUCAACGAUUCCCGAGGAUUUAUUUCAAAAGCUGCCGCAUCUUGUCUGGCUGGAUCUCCGGUAUAACAAGAUUAAAGCUCUUCCCCCUGGAAUCGGUUACCACAGGCAAUUGAAAACUCUUCUUUUAGAAAGGAAUCCUAUAAAAGAGCUACCUGCAGAGCUUGGAAACUUAACUUCGCUGACAGCCUUGAAUCUGAGACACUGCCCCCUUGAAUUUCCACCUAAAGAUGUCAUACAAAAGGGAUUAAAAUCCAUCCUGUGCUUUCUUCGGGAUUCUGGGAAAGGAAGACAGCUCUGUAUGGAGCCAGCCACUUCAGAAAUGCCACCUGUUGAAAAGCUGAACUUAAGUGAACUGUUGCAGUCCAGUCUGGAUUUGUCAGAGGAGUGGCCUAACGAAGAGGAAAAGCUCAGAUUCCAGAAGCUGAAAGAAGAAAUUAUAAAAGUUGAAAGGGAAGAAUUUCUUGCUGACAAACGUGUAGGUGCAAUCCAUGAUUUUCCUCAAGCAGGGAAAAACCACAGAAGGAAGGAACAGCUCUGCUCCGAGUCAGCUGGUCUCUGCAGCAAAGUAGGUUUGCUGUGGUGCCGAGAGGUUUGCAGGGCAGCUGCUACGUGCGCAGGCGAGAGGGAGCCGCCGUCCGCUGGGGAAAAGCCUCCCAAAGGAAACGGUGGUGAGCAGGUCCCCCCGCUCCUGCCUCCCCCGCCGCCUGGCAGCCUUCCUCCCUAUCCCCCCUACUUCGAGGGAGCUCCCUUUCCUCACCCGCUAUGGCUACGGCACACGUACAACCAGUGGGUUCCUCAGCCACCGCCACGGACUAUAAAGAGGACGAGGAGGCGUUUGUCGCGGAACAGAGACCCGGGAAGGCUUAUCAUGAGCACCAUCCGGCUGCGGCCAAGGCAGGUGCUCUGCGAGAAGUGUAAGAACACUCUGAACCCCGAGGACGCGAACACGGCUAGGCAGAACGCUAAAACCAGGAGGAAGCUGAGCAUUCAGGACAAAGAGCAGAAAAAGCACAGUGACUCCGACUACGCGGAGAAAAGGAACAAAAGAGAAAAGAGAGAGGAGGACAAAUUUUCUGGGGAACUGGUCCAUCGAACGCCAGUUAUAAAAAUAUCCUACAGCACUCCCCAAGGGAAAGGCGAAGUGGUAAAAAUCCCUUCCCGGGUUCAUGGCUCAGUCAAACCCUUUUGUCCAGACCGAAUAUUGCAGAACGGAGGGGAGGACCAAGAGGAGACCAGAGACCCUGAACGGUGUCGAGAAACCAAAUGUUUAAUGGACAAGUCAGCAGGCAGCCAGCUUGCUUCCAUUCCAAAACUGAAGCUCACGCGGCCGGUGCAUUCCAGUGCGGAUGUCCCACCCCCAAAGAUACGGCUGAAGCCCCAUCGCAUAAAUGAUGGUCAGAGUGUUUCAAUUUAUAAGGCAGAACUUAUUGACGAAAUAAAUGUCCUUCAGAGCAGCAGGGACUCCAAUCCUGCCGCCUUUUACAAUGAUGAAUCCGCAGACAGAAGUUUAGCUGAGAUCUCUUCAGGGAGUUCAGGUGAAGAUGAGGACUUUAAGCGAUUUCCCCAAGGUAAAGAGGGACACGAUAACUUGGCUUUCCUUAUGAAUUACCGUAAACGAAAAGCAGAUUCUUCCAGCUUAUCGGUGUGUAGUAAUGACAGUCUAGAUGAAUCCAAGUCUUCUAGUUCAGAAGUAACAUCACCAGAACUGUGUGACUUUUUGCCUGGUGAUGACGCAUCCGUCUCUUCAUCUUCAAAAGAUGAGCGUAAGAUUGUGCCGCCGCUAACCGUUAGACUGCAUACCCAAAGUGUGUCCAAAUGCGUCACAGAAGAUGGAAGAACUGUUGCAGUGGGGGAUAUUGUUUGGGGUAAAAUUCAUGGUUUUCCGUGGUGGCCAGCACGUGUUCUUGACAUAAACCUUAGCCAGAAGGAAAACGGGGAACCUUCAUGGCGAGAAGCUAAAGUAUCGUGGUUUGGUUCUCCAACGACUUCAUUCUUAUCUGUUUCAAAACUCUCUCCUUUCUCUGAAUUUUUCAAACUGAGAUUUAAUCGCAAGAAGAAAGGGAUGUAUCGGAAAGCUAUCACGGAAGCUGCAAAGGCAGUAGAGCAUCUGACUCCAGAAAUAAGAGAUCUCUUAACACAGUUUGAGACAUAACUUUGCCUCCAGCAUCAGGUAACAGAAGAUAAGAGCACAGCUGUUCUCCUAGAGGGUCACGAAGUCUGUAAACACCCCGGCGUGCUCCCCAGGAGAAGCUGGAGGCUGCCGUGCGCAUGGCAGGAGGAGGAGGUUCCUUGUCAGAUUGCGCUGCUUUCCAUCUGGGACAGGCGACAGGCGCCGGGAUGCGGAGUCGGGAGGCUCCUCUGGUGCGAGGCCGGCAGGAAGGUCUUAAGGACAUCUUACCCUGGAAUGAGAAGCUGACGAGUCGUAUGGCAAGGAACUAGGAGAACAGCAAAAACCACCACUUGGAAUGUAUUUAUUACUUAAAAGUUAGCUAUUCUUGAUAAAAUCCCAAAAAUUAUUGCUGCUGCUUAUUUUACUUACAGAUUUCACACACUUGUUAAUUUUAAAGCUACCAAACUUUACUCAAUACUGUACUCUGAGAAAUGUAAUCGGAGCAGGACAUGCAAUAGAAUGAAAUCAUUGUAGUGUCUUAAGUACCAUGGACUCACUUUUGUGUCUAUUAAAACUCGGAAAAUGUGCAA